UCACUCUCCACUCUCAAAGUCUAAAAAACUAUAUAAAUACAAUGGCUCCUAGCUUUCAUAACAUCAACAAUUCCUUGUUCGAGUUUGUAGUAAAAGACGGAAAGGGUGUUAAGGGUCUAGUUGAUUCGGGCAUAUCGACUGUCCCCGAGCAAUAUGUCCAGCCCCCGAAAGAGAGGAUCCCACUUGAUCACAAGCUGCCAGCCUUAGGUCCAAACCUCGAGCCCAUUGAUUUGUCGGGGCUAGAUGGGCCGAACCGUGAAAGUGUGGUGGAGGCCAUAGUUCGUGCGUCGGAGACACUAGGGUUCUUUCAAGUGGUGAACCAUGGUGUUCCUUUGAGGGUUCUCGAUUCCCUCAAGGAUACGGCUCAUGGGUUCUUCAACCAAGAGGUUGAGAAGAAGGCGAUUUAUCUCAAAGAGGUUAGCCCAAGCCCGUUGGUGAAGUAUGGGACUAGCUUUGUCCCCGAGAAAGAGAGAGCUCUUGAGUGGAAAGAUUACAUUAGCAUGUCGUAUACCAACGAUCAAGAAGCACUUCAACAAUGGCCCAACGAGUGCAAGGAAAUAUCAUUAGAGUUUUUAAAGACUUCGACGGAAAUGGUGAAGAAGCUAGUUGAAGUGUUGAUAGAGGGGCUUGGAGUGGAACUUGACGGCCCCAAACUAGAUGGGCUAAUUGGUCUUAAGAUGGUAAACAUGAACUACUACCCGGCUUGUCCCAACCCCGAACUAACUGUCGGGGUUGGGCGCCACUCAGACAUGGGAACCAUCACGGUUCUCCUACAAGAUGGCAUAGGAGGUUUGUACGUCAAGCUAGAAGGAAAUACAAAUGAAGAUGAGUGGAUAGCAAUUCCUCCAAUAGAUGGUGCGUUAGUCAUCAAUAUUGGAGAUUGUUUACAGAUACUAAGUAACGGGAGAUAUAAGAGCGCAGAACACAGAGUGAGAACUGCGAGUACAGAAUCAAGAGUAUCUGUCCCGGUUUUCACUGCUCCACUCGUGAACGAGUUGAUUGGGCCAUUGGCCCAACUUGUGGAGCGCGAUGGAGUAGCACGUUACAAAGACGUGCUCUUCGGAGAUUACAUGAAAAACUUUUUCGGCAAGGCGCACAAAGGAAAGAAGUCUCUUGAAUUUGCUAGGCCAAAUUUGACCUCAAAGCAAUGAGGUUUCACCAAUAGUCCACAAUAAUUGUCAGUUUUUCGUAUAAGGAAGAAAAAUUCCAAUGACCGAGUCUCUACGGAAUUUUCCUUGUUUCUUUUUUUGCUAUAUGAUAUGCUUUUUUAUA